AUGGCAACCCCCACCACCACCAUCCGCAUCGGCACGCGCCGCUCCGCCCUUGCGCUCAAACAAACCGACCUCGUCAUCGCCACGCUCCAGCGCGCCCACCCGCACGUCCGCUGCGAAGUCCACGCCACCGCAACCAUGGGCGACCGCGACAAGACCACCCCUCUACCCGAACUCGGCAAAGGCCUGUGGACCAACGAGCUCGAGGCCCAGCUCAUCGAGCGCAAGGUCGACGUGAUCGUGCACUCGCUCAAAGACGUCCCGACAACGUUACCGGAGGGUUGUAUCUUGGGUGCGGUCACGGCGCGCGAGGAUCCCAGGGAUGUGGUGAUCUUUAGUAAGGUACAUGGGGACAAGUAUUCGAAGCUGGUGGAUUUGCCGGAGGGCGCAGUGGUCGGGACGAGCAGUGUCCGCAGGGCGGCGCAGCUAAGGAGGUCGUACCCGGGGUUGGUGUUUCGUGAUGUACGGGGGAAUAUUGAAACGCGGUUGAAGAAGUGUGAUGAGGAGGGGUAUGAUGCGAUUAUCCUUGCGGCCGCGGGAUUGUUGAGGCUGGACUUUGGCGGGCGGAUCGCUCAGUACCUAGACUCGACCACUGAGGGCGGCGGUUUGUUGCACGCCGUAGGCCAGGGUGCGCUGGGGCUAGAGAUUCGGGAGGACGAUGAGCAGCUGAAAGAGCUGCUCGGGGCGGUCAAGGACACGCCGACUAUGACAGCGUGUUUUGCGGAGCGGAGCGUCAUGCGGACGCUGGAGGGAGGAUGCAGUGUGCCGAUCGGCGUGGAGACGGCGUGGGUGGAGGAGGAAGAGGACGGGGAGAAGAAGAAGAAGCUUCAAUUGCGCGUUGUAGUGGUUAGUCUAGACGGGAGACGAGCUGUCGAUGGGGAAUCGACACUGGAGGUGGCUACCCUUGAGGAGGCGGAGGCUGCGGGCACGAAGUUGGCGCAGAGGCUGGCCGGGCUUGGAGCCCAACAGAUAUUGGACGACAUCAACAAGGGGCGGGACUCGGGUGCAGCUCUCAAGGUUGGCGACGUAUGA